UUGCAUCUCUCUGGAUAUAAUGGAAUACAAGGAAAAGCCUAUCAUCAGGCAGACAGGAAGGCAAUACCAAAAAGGACCUGUUCGUUUUGUCUCCAUUUUGUUGGACUCGUGGAAACCUGUUCAAAGUGAAACUAAUUCUACAACUGAAAAACUUAAACCCGUUACAAUACAAUGUCAAAAUGUAUCAAAUGAAUCGAUUAAUGUAGAUUUGUCAUUAGAUUCACAGAAUUCAUCUACAACAACUACCAAAGGCAUCAAUAUUUCAAUUCACAAUGUUCGAUCUUUGUUGAAUGCGAAAUCAUCACAAACCUCCGGUUCUCCGAAUUCACACAAAGAAAUCACCGGAGUAGAUGAAGUCAUGGAAGAGAUAAAAAACACGUGUCCAUUUUGCGAGAAGCAUUUUAACAAUGCAAAACAAGUUGAGCAACAUGUCAAAUAUGCACAUCGUAAACCACAUCAAUGCGACAGGUGCAAAAGAACUUGUUAUACGCCAAGGGCACUGGAGGCGCACAAAAGAAUACACCGGCCGGACUAUUUCUUUGAGUGCGAAAUCUGUAAUGUGAAGUACAAAAGUGAAGAUGGACUAAAAAGACAUUACAUUCGCGCUCAUAGCGAUUAUGAAUCGAGGUACGUUUGUGAACAUUGUGGUCGUAGUUAUAAGCUGAAGAUCGAUCUAACGCAUCAUAUGAAAAGAACCCACGUAUCGGAUCUACAAAUCUGCCGCUUUUGCGGCAAAAAGGUCAAGGACGUCAAAGGCCACGAGUGGCGGCAUCAGAAACGAAAUCGUGAGAUCAAGUAUGAAUAUCCAUGUCACUUGUGCCGUAAAAAGUUCCAUCAUAGAAGUAGACUGGACAACCAUCUGAUGUUGCAUAAAAAAGGUUUUAAAUGUGAGAUUUGUGGCAAAGAGUACAGUGGUACUCGCGAACUCACGAGUCAUAAACGUUUCAAACACGGCCAGAUAAACAUCUCCACUUGUAUUCUGUGCCAAAAAACGUUCUUGUCCAUUAGCAAUUUUUAUCAGCAUGUGCUCACCCAUGCCAGCAUACGGCCAUAUAAAUGCGAUGUCUGCGAAAAGGACUUUACGCAACGCUCCAGUCUACUGAGACAUAGAAAGCAUCAUCCUGGACCAUUACCGCCGUUAUCAUCGUCCCAUCCGCAAAUAGCCGAGCUCGCCAGGAAUUACCUUGAAAAGAUUAAAAAUGACCAUAUCAAUAAGAGUUUCGUAUUGGAUUCACAAUCGAUUGACGAUUGAUGUUAACAAAGGAUUAUAAAGUGAUAUCUUGAAGU